CCCCCCCGCCCCGCCGGCUGGGCGCCGCGCUACCGGCGUGCGGGGAUGACGGAGGCGGAAGUGGGUCGGGGGGCGUGUAGCGGGGCUGACGGCGGCGCCGCGCUCUCCCCGCCCCUGCAGGCAGCCGGCCCCGCCAUGGAGGUGCAAGAUGCUGGGCAGGAGAUGGUGGCGUCUUCUGUCACGCCAGUAUCAGGCAAAUCAAAGCUGGACACAUUGCCCAAAGAAUAUGUCAUCAAGUUUGCAAAAAAACAAGUGAUGCUUUUACAGAAAGUGAAGUUAAGAUGUACAGAACUAGAGAAAGAGAUUGAAGAACUCAGAUCUAAAGCAGCUACUGGAGGAGCUGAUGAUAUUAUUCAGGCUCUCACAGAAAGACUGGAUGUUGUACUUCUGGAAAAAGCUGAAAGUCAGCAGCAGUGUGUAGCUCUGAAAAAGGAAAAUAUUCAAAGAAAGCAAGAAGCAGAGGCUGCAGUGGCUAAGACAGAAGAAUUGCAGAAGCAACUGGAGCAAUCAAGUCUUGACUCUCUGAAAGAAAUAGAAGCUCUGAAGAGUGAAUUAGAAAAUGCACAAAGUAAACACAAUGAGGACAUAACAAAGCUGAAAAUGGAAUUAGAGGAACAAGUGAAGAAACAAAUGGGGCUGGUAGAACAGAUCAAUUGUCAUAAUGAUAGUCAAAAAGAAGUUAAAAGAUUACAAGAUGAUGUCCAAAGAAUUAAAUCUACUUAUGAGGAGCAAAUUUUGUGUUUGAGCAAGCAAUUGGAAACGGUGAAUGAAGACAAAAACAAAGAAGUGACAAAUCUGCAAGAAACUAUUAAAAGCAGCUCUCAGUGUUACCAUAACAAAAUCAAAAAUCUGAAUGAAGAGCUUAAAAAAUUAAAAAUUGCCCAUCAGGAAGAGGUGUCAGAGUUGAUGCAUCAGAUUGAAAUAUCAUCUAAAGAAAAUGAAGAAAAGCAAAAUCAGAUAGAUCAGUUACAGCACAGUUUAGCAGAGGAGAGCCUAAGAAGAGAGAAAAAAGCAAAGGAUGAAAUGUCUGCUCUUGCUGACCAGCAUGAGUAUGACUUGGAGCAGCUGAGAAAAGUCUUAAAUAAAAAUGUAGAUAACAAGAUAGAUAUUGUAGAUACUCGAGAAGAACCUUGUGUAGAAGCAAAAAUGGAAGAAAAGGUUAGGCACCUGGAGAAUAGUUUAGAAGAGCUCCAAUCCCAACACAGUAUAUUAAAAGAUGAGUUAACAUACAUGAGUAACGUUAAACUGGAACUGGAAGAGGAAAUCCAUCGCAUAAAGGAUGAGUACUUUCAUGAGCGGGAAGACUUGGACUUUAAGAUAAAUGAAUUGCAGCUUACUAAAGAAGAUUACUGUUGUGUAAUUGAAAAACUAAAGUUGGAGCUUCAAGCAGCAAGACAGCACUGUGAAGCUGUUGUAAACGAGCAUAAGCUAGAGACUCAAACUCUAAAAGAGCAACAUAAGAGAGACAUUUCUGAACUAAAUGAAACUUUAUUAUCUGGGUCUGAAAAAGAAAAGAUGGCAUUAGUUUUUGAAACACAGGAACUAAGAGAACAGCUUGAAAAGCUAACUCAGGAGAAAGAAGAAGCAGUGUCCAAUUACAACAGCCUGAGAGAAACAAUGGAAACUCUACAGACUGAGCUAGGGGAAUCUGCUGGAAAGAUCAGCCAGGAGUUUGAAUCAAUGAGACAACAGCAAGCUUCUGAUGUCAGUGAACUGCAACAGAAACUCCGGGCUGCUUUCAAUGAAAAAGAUGUUCUUCUUGAAACUGUGAAUUGCCUCCGGGAAGAAAUAGAAAAACUGUCAUCUAAUCAGCCAGAGGUAGAAGAACUUCAGUGUAAAAUUGUUAGUCUUCAGGAGGAGAAUAACACAAUAACAAGCUACAUCAACCAAAAAGAGACUGCUAUAAAAGAACUGGAAGAGAAGAUCAUUGUUCUUACUGAUCAAAACAAGGGUAUUUUAAAUGAAGUAAAAUGCUUGGGUGAAGACAGAGAAACCCUUCAGGAAAGGUGCAAGCAAGAACAAGGAAAAAAUCAGGAACUUCAGAAAGAAGUGGAUGUUGUUAACCAGUACAAUAGCGACCUGAAGAAAAAAGUGGAGGAAUUAACAGAGAGACUGAAUGAAGCUUUAACUAGGAAGAGUGAAAAUGCACAAAUGCUAGAGCAACUGGAAAACCAGGUUGUAUCCCUGCUGCAUGAAAGAGAGAACCUUUCAUGUGAAGUAUAUACUCUUCAUGAGAAAAAUAAGAAAAUAAUUCAGGAAAAAGGUGAAUUAAGUGAAGAGCUGGCAAAGAUUACCUCUGAAAAAGAUGGUUGGCUAGUGUUGAAAGAACAGUCUGAAAACUUAGAAAAGAAACUGCAAAUGUUGAAUGCAGAAAAAGACCAUUUAUCAACAUUACUUGAAAGUGAACAAGCACACAGAUCUCUUAUAAGAACCCAGCUGUACUGUUUACUUGAGCAAGUGGGUUCCAGUGUUUUAGAUUCUAACGAAGAACAUGAUUCUCUUAACUUGUUAGAAAUUGCAAAUGAGUACUUGUCAAAAACUAAAGAAGAGCAGUGCCUUGCUAAACAGUAUGAGGAAGAAGUUCUUCAUCUGCAGCGGGAAGUUGGGAGACUGGAAGAAGAAAAUGCAGCUCAAUAUACAGAACAUAGAUCCCUGAUUGAGGAUUUUGAAAAAGAAAAGGAUCUCUUGAGAGAAGAAUUGGAAGGAGUGUUGUCUGAAAAAGCAGCACUUCAACAUGAUAUCCAGGAGCUGAAGAAUGCCAGUGAAAAAGCAAGGACUGAAAAUCAAGAUCUUCUAGCUAAUAUUGAAGAGAUCACUCAAAAACUUGCUUUUUGUGAAAGUCAAAUACAAGAACAGCAAAAAGGAUCAGAAAAACAAGAUGACUUAAAUUUCAUUCUGGAACAAAAGGAAACUGAACUUAGAAAUGUGAAAGACGAACUGAGUUCUCUAAAGAAUUUGAUGGAGGCAGAGACUGCGAAAACUCAUCAACAGUCUGCAGUAGCAGAGCUUCAAGAAAAAAUUGGAAGACUGGAAAAAGAAUCUGCAGAAAAAGGAGAGAAGCUAAAUAAAAUUAAGGUUGUUGCUGUGAAAGCAAAGAAAGAAUUGGAUGCUAGCCGAAGAGAGACGCAGACUCUGAAAGAAGAGUUGGAGUUGGUUCGAUCAGAAAAAGAUCAGUUGUCUGCUUCAAUGAAAGAUGUCAUUCAAGGAGCUGAAAGCUAUAAGAAUCUUUUGAUGGAAUAUGAUAAGCAAGGAGAACAGCUGGAUUCUGAAAAAAGCAGAGCGAAUAGUCUUGAACGUCAGAUAGAUGACCUCACAAGACAGCUACAGGUGUCAUCCCAGCAGCAUGAUCAGUUACACUCUGCUAAUGAAGACCUUCUGGCUCGUGUUGAAACACUGCAAUGUAAUUCUAAGAUGCUGGAAACUCAGAUACUGGAGAUGCAAAGAGCCAAGGCAAAGGCUGACAAAGAACUAGAAGCUGAAAAGCUUCUAAAAGAACAGAAAACAAAGGAACAUACUGGUGCUCUCCGAGAAAUGGAGGAGCUUCAGAUGCAACUUCAGAAGGAAAAGAAACAUCUGCAGAAAACCAUGCAAGAACUAGAGCUGGCCAGAAAGGAUGCUCAGAAAAGUACACUGAUGGAUAUGGAAAUAGCUGACUAUGAAAGGCUAGUAAAAGAACUUAAUCAGAAGAUUACUGAUAAAGACAACAGAAUAGAAGAUCUUGAGCAAGAGACAGGGAUUCAGAAACAGAAGCAAGAGACCCUACAGGAAGAAAUAAAGUCACUUCAGUUAACUAUGCAACAGGAUGAGGAAAGAAAUGCCAAGAUAAAACAACUCCUGGUGAAAACCAAGAAAGAACUGGCAGAUUCAAAACAAGCUGAAAAUGACCAUCUAAUGUUGCAGGCAUCAUUACAAGGGGAACUGGAAGCCAGUCAACAACAAGUGGAAGCCUAUAAGAUUCAAGUGGCUGUACUAACAUCAGAAAAGCAUAAAGUUCAGGAACACCUGCGAACUUCUUCGGAGCAACACCAGCGUAUGUUGAGUGCCUACCAACAAAAAAUUGCAACCCUGCAAGAAGAGUGCAGAGCAGCCCAGGCUGAACAAGCAUCUAUUACAUCUGAAUUUGAGAGCUACAAAGUUCGUGUUCAUAAUGUUCUAAAACAGCAAAAGAAUAAAUCUGUUUCUCAGACAGAAUCUGAAGGAGCCAAACACGAAAGAGAACAGUUGGAAAUGGUGAUAGAUCAACUUAAAGUUAAGCUGCAAGACGCUCAGCAUAAUUCACAGAUAAAUGCAUCUGAACUCCAGGCAUUGCAGUCUGAACAUGACACCCUGCUGGAAAGACACAAUAAGAUGCUGCAAGAGACUGUUGCAAAAGAGGCAGAGCUCCGUGAAAAGCUCUGCACAAUACAAUCUGAGAACAUGGUCAUGAAAGCAGAGCAUGCCCAGACUGUGAGUCAGCUGACAGCCCAGAAUGAAGCUCUCCGGAACAAUUUCAGAGAUCAAGUCAGGAACCUGCAAGAAGAGCACAGGAAGACAGUAGAGACUCUUCAGCAGCAACUCUCCAGAGUAGAAGCUCAGUUCUUCCAACUCAAGAGUGAACCAAGCACUAGAGGUCCAACUGUUUCAAAUCCAGCAAUGAAGAACUUAAGAGAACGGCAAAACACUGACCUUCCUGUUCUCGAUGUGCACACUGUAGCUAGGGAAGAGGGAGAAGGCAUGGAAACAACAGACACAGAGUCUGUUUCUUCAGCCAGCACCUAUGUACCAUCCUUGGAACAACUUCUAAACUCCCCAGAAGCAAACCUUGAACCGUCUCAGUGGCAAACAGAACUUAGCAAGGAUGAACUGAUUCAGAAACUAAACACAACAGCGAAGAGUGCUGAGCACUUGAAUGAAUUGCUUCGUGAAUCAGAAGCAACCAAUGCAAUCCUAAUGGAACAGAUAAAGCUUCUUAAGAGUGAAAUACGAAGAUUGGAAAGAAAUCAAGAGAGAGAAAAGUCUGUGGCUAAUUUAGAAUACUUGAAGAAUGUUCUAUUGCAGUUCAUAUUUCUAAAACCAGGAAGUGAGAGAGAAAGGCUGCUCCCAGUAAUAGACACCAUGUUGCAGCUCAGCCCUGAAGAGAAGGGGAAGCUAACUGCAAUUGCCCAAGGUGAGGAAGAGAGUUCCUCACGGCCCUCUGGGUGGGCCUCAUACCUUCACAGCUGGUCGGGACUUCGAUGAGACAGUGGGAACACUCAACUUCUAAACACAUUCCACAGUGGCAAAAGAGAAAUCUUAAUGUAGAACAACAAUCUGUUGGUGUUAUAGCACUGAACUACAGGGUUUUAUUUCUGUGUGUUAUUUUCAGCUUUUGGGGCUCUUCUAAGAAAGAAGCCUGCGGUAGCUCUGAAAGACUGUUGUAUAUUAUGCUCUGACAGCAGUUCAACUAUUUCUCUUGUAAAUGUUAAAGCUGAUGAUCAAUAGUAUAAUGAGAAAUGACAAAUUAAUUGCAAAUUGCUUGGAAACAUAAUUUGACGAACCUGUCUGUGAUGGCGCUUUUGAAUAACUGGAAUAACUAGACUUUAGACUUAAAGCAUUUUAAAGUGUUUACAGUUUCUUUAACGUAUUUUUUUCAGCUCGCUCAUCUGUAUUGUUAGUGUUAUUCUCUGCAUGUUGAAGAAAUUAAAAUUAUUUCCUCUCUGCUGAUGCUUACAAAAUGUAAGAUCAUUGGGAAACAGAAAUGGCAUUUUCUGCUUUGACUUGACUAAAUUUUUAGUCUUCGUUAUAUUUAUUUCUUUCUGCAAAAGCUGGAUUGAAAAUAUGAAGGCAGCGGUCCACAAAGUAUAGAUGGUGCCUAAAACUGUAUGAAACGCGAUGCUUGGCACAUGUAGAGUAUGGUACUGUUGUAAAGAUUAAUGGCAUCUAUGGAAGUCUUGGGAUAGUACUCCAAGAAUCGGAGGUCAUAAGUGAGCUGAAGCUUUGGGAGAAAGGGCCGAAGCUAUGGCUUUUUAACCUGAGGCUGGAAGUUUGUGUUCAAGACCAGGAAGGAAAGUUUCAUUACUGUAGUGAUGUCUGUACUUAGUAGAAGCAGUCUUUUCGUCUGACUUAGUCAUAUUGAAGACACUAAAGGAAGAAUCUGAGUCCAUAGGUCAAACUCCUAAAAAUAACUUCUGAGAGAAAAGGACGGAGCUUUUGUCAGUAGAUGCAUCUUUUAAAUAUUCUAAAGACUGAAGCUGUUAUACCCUUCUCUCUCUUCUCUGUGUUUGCACACAUCAUUUGCACAAAUCUUUUGCACAGAUGAGAUAAUCUGUGUUCCAGGUUAUUCAACAGAAAUUUAUAUUUCUUGAAGAAAAAGAAACAAUCUGCCAUAGAAUUACUACUUCUGUUACCAGCACAGCAUGUUUGUUUAGCUUCAGUCUUGUUUUCCCCUUUAUCCACCUUGCUGCAUUUCACCAUUUCACCAUCUUAAUUUUUUUGAAAGUAAUUAAAAUACAUACACAUGUGUUUAAACCCUGCUUAACCUUUCAGCCAGGGUCUUUCCAUCCCUUUCACUCAUAUUUUCAUGCUGUCUGUGCUGUUUUACAGAGAAACAUGCCCUGGUAUACAUACCAAUACUAAACAAUAUUCUUCCUUUCCUAUCUAUCUUUAGGUGAAGUUGUGGAGGUAUACUUCAAAAUUCUCCUUAGUGUGUACUAAGUGGCUUUGAAGGCAGCUUAACCACCAGUGCUUCAUUUGGCUUAUGUUAUGCCUUGGCUUCACCCAGUGCACAAUUACUUCCUCAACCAACUGCUAGUUCUACUAUUACUGGUACUGUGAAAAUACCUCCCUUAGGAGCCUUGCAAAGAGUAGCUACCACCCACAAGCUGAGAAACCAAAUGUAUGAAGAGGUAAAAGUAUAUUUGUUGUAGUAAUUUCAGAAUUGCUAGUCUGAAUAGAUGUUUUGGUUGGAAAUAUCUUUGAUGGCCUUUUCGUGUGGCCAUCAGUUCAAUAAAAUUCAACUUUACCCAA